CCAUUGCCCCGGAGCACCCGCACACGCGCACGCGUCUCGGGCCGCGCUCACACACACGCACGUAAAAGCGUGGCCGCGGCCAGGUCGGCAACUUUGUGGGGCGCUCUCCGCGGCUCUCCGCUUCCUCCCGUACUAGUUGGCGCAGGCCCCGCCUCCCGGCUGUGUUGUCAAACGGGCCGGGGUCUCGGAUUGGUCCAGCCUCCGGGACAACACCUGCUCGACUCCUUCAUUCAAGUGACACCAGAGCUUCCAGGGAUAUUUGAGGCACCAUCCCUGCCAUCGCCGGGCACUCGCGGCACUGCUAACGGCCUGGUCACAUGCUCUCCGGAGAGCUACGGCAGGGCGCUGGGUAACCUCUAUCCGAGCCGCGGCGAGGAGGAGGGAAGGGGCGAGCAAGGAGGAAGAGUGGGAGGAGGGGGAAGCGGCGGAGGAGGAAGAAGAGGAGGAGGGGCGCACAAAGAAUCCAGGUCUCUCGGAGGGAGGGUGAUACCCAGAACCAUGUGUGCGGAGCGGCUGGGCCAGUUCGUGACCCUGGCUUUGGUGUUUGCCACCUUGGACCCGGCGCGGGGGACCGACGCCACGAACCCUCCGGAAGGUCCCCAAGACAGGGGCUCCCAGCAAAAAGGCCGCCUGUCCUUGCAGAACACAGCAGAGAUCCAGCACUGUUUGGUCAACGCUGGGGACGUGGGGUGUGGUGUGUUUGAAUGUUUUGAGAACAACUCUUGUGAAAUCCGGGGCUUACAUGGGAUUUGCAUGACUUUUCUGCACAACGCUGGAAAAUUUGAUGCCCAGGGGAAGUCAUUCAUCAAGGAUGCCCUGAGAUGCAAGGCCCAUGCCCUGCGGCACAGAUUUGGCUGCAUAAGCAGGAAGUGUCCAGCAAUAAAGGAGAUGGUUUUCCAGUUGCAGAGGGAAUGCUACCUGAAGCACGAUCUGUGCUCAGCAGCACAGGAGAACAUCGCCGUGAUCGUGGAGAUGAUAAAUUUCAAGGACCUCCUGUUGCACGAGCCCUAUGUGGACCUCGUGAAUCUGCUGCUGACCUGCGGAGAAGAGGUAAAGGAGGCCGUCACCCGCAGCAUCCAGGCUCAGUGUGAGCAGAACUGGGGAGGCCUGUGCUCCAUCUUGAGUUUCUGCACCUCCAACAUACAGAGACCUCCCACUGCAGUCCCUGAGCGUCAGCCCCUGGCAGAUAGGGCCCAACUCUCCAGGUCUCACCACCGGGACACAGGCCACCACCUAUCAGAAGCCAUCAGAGGUGCCAAGGGUGAUCGAGUGAGCAAAAGCCACCCAAGUGCCCAUGCCCGAAGUGGAGCAGGUGGCCAGAGCGCCCAGGGACCUUCUGGAAGCAGCGAGUGGGAAGAUGAACAGUCUGAGUAUUCCGAUAUCCGGAGGUGAAAUGAACACCUGGCCAUGAAGUCUUUCCUCCCAGCCGUCCAUUUUCUUAUCUAUGGACAUUCCAAAACAUUUAACAUUAAAGAGGGGGAUGUCACACGCA